AUGCCAGUCAUUGCAACGGCACCGAAGACUCCGUCAUCCCCCCAACAACAAGAAAAGAAGUCUGACAGAAAGCAAAAGCGAAAAUUCCAUACGCGUCUUUCCAGUCUCCUCGGCAAUCCGCAUUCCUUCCCCUCCGCACCAGAAUAACUCUAGCUAGGGUUAGAGUUAGGGUUAGGGUUUUCUCUAUCCCUUCUCUACCAACUCAAAAUCCUAGCUAGGGUUAACCCAACCGUUCCAUCCGUCGAGGAGACCAGAUCUUCCAGCCAUGUCCCCUCUCUCAAAUUCCCCUCUCUUUCUCUUUCCCUUCUUCCUCCUCCUCAUCUUCUCCAUUUGCUCCUCAGCCGUCCGAUCAGAAUCAGACCUCUCAUCCAUCCGAUUGCCGUCCGAUGACGCCUGCGCCCAAUCAGCGGCCCCUGCUUCCUGCCCUGUCAGCUGCUUCCGCCCCGAUCCCGUCUGUGGCGCCGAUGGUGUCACCUACUGGUGCGGCUGUGCCGAUGCGAUCUGCGCUGGGACCCGCGUUGCGAAAUUGGGGUUUUGCGAGGUUGGGAAUGGUGGGAAUGGUCUCGUUUCCGGCCAGGCUCUCCUGCUGGUCCACAUCGUGUGGCUGAUAGUCCUCGGGUUCUCCGUCCUCUUCGGCCUAUUCUGACAGUGAGAUCUCUCGCACAGCAUGGCGUAUGUUUCGUCUCCUUUGAUUCAUCUUGUAUACUGUAAUCUGUUCUCCGCUUUUCAUUUCUUGAUGUUGUAUGGGAGAGGAAUUUUUUACGGCAAUGUGGAUUCUUUGAUCUUUUUUGUGAGAGAGAGAGAGAGAGAGAGAGAGAUUCUUUUCUCAUCAUUCUUUUCUGAAAUAAAACGAUUCGAUUCAUUUGGUGUA